AUGGUUGACCUUAUAAAUGUAUAUGCUCAUAUUGAAGCAGGUGAGCAGUAUUCUAGAGAUUCCAACUAUCUCGGGACUGUUAAGGAGUAUAAUAAGGCAUUAGAGAAAAUCCUACAGCUUGAGGAUAGUGUUGAAGUGAAUGAGGGUUUAAAGGACGCGAUUGGACUAUUAAAACAAGACUUGUUGGUAAAGAUUAAAGAACUGCAGCAUUUACAGCAAAAGAGGCCUAAUAAUGCUGCAAAUAGCGCUACAGUGACAGCUGUGAUGAAUAGUGGUACUGUUCGUGUACAGGGGUCGGUUAAUGAGGGUGGAAAUUCUAUCAGUAUAUCUGAUCCUUUUCUUGCGUCUAUUGUAAAUAAAUUGCAUAUGAACAUACUACAGUCCCUCUCGCAGCUAUCUGGGAUUCAGGUGGACAAAACAGAACUUGAACAGUUACUGAUGUACCAGAUUAAGAACCUCGAGAAGGAGAUUGCGCUGUUUGAGCAGCGAAAGUUCCGAGAAUACGACUCUAAGAUGGAACAAUUGAUCAAAGAGAAUAAAAGGCUUUCUAACCAAGUCCUGAGGUUAAAGGAUAGGUGGGACAGUCUUGUGGAGAGUGCAAGGCAGAAGAGGAAUCAACAAGACGAUAAUGCAGGUCAUUGA